AUGAGUCGUAAUCUAGUUGUAUUUGGUGGAAAUGGUUUUCUAGGCAGGCGUGUUUGUCAAGUAGCUGCGGAAUCUGGUCUUUUUGCAACUGUGACUUCUCUAUCACGUUCAGGUCGUCCAGCUUCUCUUACAGAGCCUUGGACUACUAAUGUCCGUUGGGAAAAGUGUGAUAUAUUUGAUCCUAAAUCCUAUGAAACACACCUUAACGGUGUUACAGAUGUGGUACACUCUAUUGGAAUUAUUUUGGAGGAUCCAAAUUAUAAGAAUCAGCUAAACUCAGGGCCAUCAGGCAUGUUUUCAAUGCUGGGGAAAUUAGUGCAACGAGGCAAGUCCAAUGCUAAACCAACGGAAGAUAAGGAUUCAGGGUUUACAUAUGAUAAUAUCAAUCGUCGUAGUGCAAUUUUGUUAGCAAAUUCUAUUGUAGAAGUCUCUAAGAAUCGCAACGAGAAUAAGAAGGUGACCUUCAGUUACAUAUCUGCUGACAAGGCAUUGCCUGUAAUUCCUAGUGGUUAUAUUGAGUCCAAACGUCAGGCUGAAAUGGAGCUUAUGGCUCUUGAGGGAUCAAUUAGACCGCUUUUAUUCAGACCUGGAUUCAUGUUUGAUGAGGUCUCCAACGUUGGUGAUUCAAGAUCCAGAAUAAAGUCUGUUUUGCAAUUUGUGAAUUGUGCUAAGCAACUUACUUUUGGUGACAGAUUCGCUUUUAUCAACGGUAUAAUAAGACCAACUGUAUCUACGCAACAGGUGGCAAGAGCUUUAGUGAAAUACAUAAGCGAUGAGGAGCGUGUUGGUGUCGUCUCACUUGAAGACAUAUUGAAAGCAUGA